AUUUCCUUUUUUCCUUUAUCACCUUGCUUUUCGGUUCUGUUUUUAGGGCUGCGUUGCUUUCCAUUCCUCACAAGCCAUUGGAAAUUCUUCGUUCCUGCAAUAAUUGAUAACGAUAUAAAUAUGCCCCCAACUGCACUGCAAAAAACUCAAUUGUUGCAACUCUAGACGUUUUUUUGCAUCAUAUGGCUUCCGGCUAUAGGAAGGAUCCGGAGGACGUUGCGGUCAACUCUGGUCAUUUUUGGGAAGCUACUGUGAGUCCACCAGGGCAAAUGGAUAGUGAUUGUGGUGAUAACAGUCUUCAUAGGGUUAAGCGCUCGUUGAGGAGGAAGAAUGGAGUUGAUUAUUGUGUGUUUGAGUAUAGCUCAGACGAUGAAUUGGAUAAUGCAAAACCAGUGAAGACAUGCCGAACAAAACAUUCUCAACAAGCCAACAAUAUUCCAGGAAGCACAACUGUUUCCGAGUCUCAGGAGGUAACUGCUAGGUGGUGUCCAAAGGAAUCAUGUAGGCCUAUUAUGGAUGAAGCUCCUGUGUUUUACCCUAGUGAGGAAGAGUUUAAAGAUACACUUGGCUACAUUGCUAGCAUAAGCUCUAAAGCUGGAAAAUAUGGCAUAUGUCGCAUUGUUCCACCACCUUCUUGGAAACCGCCUUGCCCACUUAAAGAUAAGGAUAUAUGGGAGCAUUCAAAGUUUUCAUCUAGAGUUCAACAAGUUGAUAAGCUUCAAAAUAGGGAACCACUGAGGAAAAGAUCCAAGUCCCGUUGCCAAAGAAAGAGGAAGAGAAGAAAGCGCUUAAGAUUUGGAAUGACCCGUAGGCGUAACAACUGCAUCACUAUUGAAGCCACUGAUUGUUCUUCAGACACGGAAGAAAAGUUUGGCUUUCAAUCUGGCUCAGAUUUUACUCUUAAGUCCUUCCAGAUAUAUGCUGAGGAUUUCAAGGAACAAUAUUUUGGUAUGAGAGAUGCCAAGGCAAGUGAAUCAUGUUGUAAAGGUGAAACUGGAAAGAGAUGGCAACCUUCUGUAGAGGAAAUUGAGGGGGAAUAUUGGCGGAUUGUUGAGAAUCCUACUGAUGAAGUUGAGGUACAUUAUGGUGCUGAUUUAGAAACUGGGAAAUUUGGCAGUGGCUUUCCAAAAGUAAGCUCUGCAACACCAAAGGACAUAGAUCCACAUGUCUAUUCUGGAUGGAACUUGAACAAUUUUCCCAGGCUACCUGGGUCAGUUCUUUCUUUUGAAAGUGGAGAUAUUUCUGGGGUACUAGUGCCUUGGCUUUAUAUAGGGAUGUGCUUUUUGAACGUUUUUCAUGUUGAAGACCACCACCUGUACUCACUGAACUAUAUGCAUUGGGGUGAUCCAAAAAUUUGGUAUGGAGUUCCUGGAAAUGCUGCUGUUAAAUUGGAAGAGGCCAUGAGGAAACAUUUACCAGAACUAUUUGAGGAACAACCUGAUUUGCUGCAUGAACUGGUUACGCAAUUGUCUCCUUCAGUUCUAAAUUCUGAGGGUGUUCCGGUUUAUCGUGCCAUUCAGAAAGCUGGGGAGUUCGUCCUCACCUUCCCUAGAGCUUACCAUUCUGGCUUCAAUUGUGGAUUCAACUGUGCAGAAGCAGUGAAUGUCGCUCCCAUGGACUGGCUGUCUCAUGGACAGUCUGCUGUUGAGCUUUAUAGCGAACAGCGCCGCAAGACAUCCAUCUCUCAUGACAAGUUAUUAAUAGCUGCUGCAAGAGAGGCUGUCAAGGCGCUAUUUGAUAUUUUACUCUUAGGAUUGAACAAACCCUGUAACUUAAAAUGGCAGAGUGUUUGCGGAAAGGAUGGGUUAUUGACUAAGGCUGUAAUGGCAAGAGUAGCGAUGGAAAAGGAGCGAAGAGAUUCUUAUUGUGAUUCUAGAAAAGGAAGAAAAAUGGAUAGGGUCUUUGAUUUGUCCAAUGAAAGGGAAUGUUUCUUCUGUUACUAUGAUCUCCACCUUUCUGCUGCGGGCUGUGAAUGCUCAUUGGAUCGUUAUGCCUGCUUAAACCAUGCAGAGCUUCUUUGUUCUUGUGAAACCAACCAAAAUUUUUUCCUUUUUCGCUACAGUAUGGAUCAGUUAAACACUUUAGUUCAAGCUUUAGAAGGGCAUUUAAGUGCAGUGCAACAUUGGGGCUCAUAUGAUCUGGGAUUGGUUUCACCAUCUAAUGUUGUAGUGAAGAAGAAAGAUUCAAAAUGCUUAAAACCGUUGAGUGAAUCUGAUUCAAAGGUAUCAAUGCAGAAAAGUGCAUCCACUUCAACAAUAGGAUUGGUAGAUAUCGAAGUUGGUGGUAUCAACAUAUUUAGUUUGAAGAGUGGAGGGCAGUCGUGUGGAGCUACUGUUUCUCCUUGUGAGAUCAAUAAUUCUGCAUGCCCACAGCGUACGGAAGACAAUUCAAAUUUGCAGAAGGCGGAGACAUCUUGCUUAACUCUUGUAAAAACUGAACUCGAAAGUGGCAAUUCGGAAAAAGGCACCUCCUGUAUUAAUUCAGACUUAAUAGCUCCACAACAUACAGAAUAUGUUUGCCACAAGAUUGCUUCCAAGGAAAAUAAAAUAUUUUUUGAUGAGCAUUUGUGGGAAGAGGAGCCAAAGUGGUUUUUGGACCUCAACAAGGAAGAUUUGGCCAAAGAUUCUAAGACUAAAAUUCAUGGUUGGUCUCAUAGAAGCGUUGAGACAAUGAAAAGCAUUAAGGAGCAAGAUUUUACUUCAACUGCAGUAAAACAGGAGAUGGAGCAUGACACCAAAACAAAAUCCAACACACCAUUGAGGUCAUGCCCGGAGAAUGGAUAUUCAGUUUCCCUUGGCAAUUUUUUUGAUGUUUCUCCUUCCUGUUCUUUUAAAAACAAACGGAAGAAUGACGCCUCUCCUUCUGAAGGUAGCCAGCCUAGAGCGAAGUUAUUUGGCAUUGAGCUUCAGCCACAUCAACCAUCUCCUCCAGUAAAUUCAAAUUUUGAAGGCAACAGGCCUUUAGGAAACUGCUCCCCCAUUCCUUGUGGGCUUAACCCAUCUAAUCCUGAAAGGAAGAAGCAUUUAACGAGGCCCAACUACUUUGUUGAGCCACUUCAUUUUGGAAAUGUCAUGUUUGGAAAACACUGGUGUAACUCAGAAGCCAUCUUCCCAAAAGGAUUCCAAAGUCGAGUCAGGUACUUCAGCGUGCUGGAUCCAACGACAACCUGCAACUAUAUAUCUGAAAUACUAGAUGUUGGACUUAUUGGUCCUUUAUUUAAGGUUACCUUAGAAGAUAACCCAGAAGAUACUUUUAUGCAUUCUUCUGCUGCUCAAUGCUGGGAUUUGGUUAGGGAGCGACUAAACCAAGAGAUCAUAAAGCAGUGUAAUUUAAGAAAUCAAGACCUUCCUCCCCUGCAACCUCCCGGGAGCAUCGAUGGGCUCCAAAUGUUUGGUUUUCUGUCCCCAUCAAUCAAUCAGUUUAUAGAAUCCCUCGAUCCUUAUCAUCGUUGCUUGGAUUACUGGGCAUCCAAACCAAGUUCUUCAACGAAAAACGAAGCCGAGUUGAUGAAAUGUACCAUGCAAUCCAUGAUCAAACCGCUCGCCCACUCUUCACAACCGAACGCCGAAACAAACAGAAAAAUUUUUGGUGUUGACUUUGCCAACAUAGAACGCAUUGAUUCGAUGAUUUCGGACGAUAAGGUCCAGCAUGUCCUCAGGCCAUUGUUUCAUAGACUGAACCAAGAAGAACUUGAGGUGAUGCAAAUUAUUUUUAGAAGCGGUUCGGAUAGCGAUUCUUGGAGAGCGGCCUAUAGAGCUCUUCAAGAUGAGAUUGAGAAGAAUGUAGAUAAAUAAUUGAUCCUUCUUUGAAUAAUUUCUUUCCAAAGGGAUGAUGAGCUAGACUCCAAUUGCCAUCAGAGCCACCAUUCUUUUCUUCAACAGCUAACAAAACUAUAUUGUUUUUUCCUCAUACAAUAUUCAAGGAGUGUAGGGAAGCCUAUGUUUGAAUGAGGCUCUUCCUAUGAUUCAAACAUCUCUCAUUUUCUGUAAUUGAACCAUUAGAAUUGGCUCUGGUGGAUAUUUUGUUAGAGCUUCAAUCAUGCCUUUUUGGCAAUGAGAUUAUAUAAUGUUUUAGUGUAGGUAAAAUACAUAUUGUUUUUUAGGGGUAAUCAUCAAUUGUUUAGAGAAGAUUAUUUGAACAGAGU